GGCAGCAGCGGCGGCGGCGGCGGAGGGAUGGGGCCAUGGCCCGUGCGGGCGGCGGGGCGCCCCGGGAGCUGUCCCUGGAGGAGGUGCUGAAGUGCUACGAGCAGCCGCUGAACGAGGAGCAGGCCUGGGCGCUGUGCUUCCAGAGCUGCCGUGCCGCCGCCGCCGCGGCCCCCGCCGCUCCGCUCCGCACCGCGGACAUCCGCCUGCAGGGAGACGGCUCCGUGCUCCUGCCCGCGCCGCAGCACGAGCUGCCCCCGCUGCUUACACCCUCUGCUGAAGCCCAGAUGGUGCAGUCAUUGGGCUUUGCCAUCUACCGUGCACUGGACUGGGGGCUGGACGAGAACGAGGAGCGUGAGCUGAGCCCACGGCUGGAGCAGCUCAUCGACCUGAUGACCAACAGCGACUCUGAGGACAGCGGCUGUGGCACUGCCGACGAGGGCUAUGGGGGGCAGGAGGAGGAGGAGGAGGGGGGCGAGGGGCCGCUCCGUGCCGUGCGCACCUUCGGGCAGGCCAUGCGGUGCUGUGCCAUGCGCCUGGCAGACCCUGGUGAGGCACAGGCUCACUACCAGGCUGUCUGCCGUGCUCUCUUUGCCGAGACCGUGGAGCUGAAAGCCUUCCUUGCCAAGAUCCGCGAUGCCAAGGAGAUGCUGCAGAAGCUGAAGGAGGAUGAGGAAGCAGAGGAGCGGCCAGUGGCAGAGCUGGGCAGCCUGCGCAACACCGACUGGGCCCGGCUGUGGGUGCAGCUGAUGCGGGAGCUGCGGCAUGGUGUGAAGCUGAAGAAGGUGCAGGAGAAGCAGUUCAACCCCCUGCCCACCGAGUACCAGCUCACCCCCUUUGAGAUGCUCAUGCAGGACAUCCGUGCCCGCAACUACAAGCUCCGCAAGGUCAUGGUGGAUGGAGACAUCCCUCCCCGGGUGAAGAAGGAUGCCCAUGAGCUCAUCCUCGACUUCAUCCGCUCCCGGCCCCCACUAAAGCAGGCAUCAGAGCGUCGGCUGCGACCACUGCCCCAGAAGCAGAGGACACUCCACGAGAAGAUCCUGGAGGAGAUCAGGCAGGAGAGGAAGCUUCGGCCUGUGGAGAUGCCAUACCGUGGACAGAAAGGCUACAGCUCUCUUCCCUGCAUCCCUCAUGCCUGCUCAGGCCGCCUGGCCUCCAGCUCCUGCCUCGAGCUGUCCCGGUGCCCAGCGAGUGCCACACCGGUGUGCCCACGGCCCCGUGUCCUGCUCAAGGCACCCACCCUGGCCGAGAUGGAGGAGAUGAACAUCUCCGAGGAGGAGGACUCUCCGGCCACAGAGGUACCACUGAAACGGGACCGCUCCUUCUCUGAGCACGACCUGGCACAGCUGCAGAGCCAGAUGGGGGUUGGCCAGGCUGCACCCCGAGAACCAGAGCCGCUGCAGCCUGAACCCCGGCCCCGCUCAGGCUCUGUCCCUGCUAGCUGCCACCCGCUGCCGGACAGCUCAGCACCACCCCGGACUUCCCUUGGUGCCGUGGAGGAGAGGCCAGAGGAUGGAUCCAGUACUGCUCCAAGCACCAGCUCCAAGCACCUCUGGCUGGAGUUCAGCCACCCCGUGGAGAGCCUGGCCCUCACCGUGGAGGAGAUGAUCAACGUGCGCAGGGUGCUGGUCAAGGCUGAGAUGGAGAAGUUCCUGCAGAGCAAGGAGCUGUACAGCAGCCUGCGGAAGGGGAAGGUCUGCUGCUGCUGUAGGACCAAGUUCCCCCUCUUCUCCUGGCCUGCAGCAUGCCUCUUCUGCAAGCGGUCUGUCUGCAGCUCCUGCAGUCUGAAGAUGAAGAUGCCCUCCAAGAAGCUGGCUCACAUCCCCGUCUACGCGCUGGGCUUCGAGAGCCUCCCAGGCUCUCUGCUGGCCAAAGCCUUGCCCCUGCGGCGGAGAGAGACCUUCCACUCCCUCUCUGGCACCUGCUGGCGCCGGGUGGAAGAGGAGUUCCCCCAUAUCUAUGCCCAGGGCUCAGUCCUACGCGAUGUCUGCAGUGACUGUGCUGGCUUCGUCACCGAUGUCAUCUGCUCCAGCCGCCGCAGCGUGGCCGUCCUCAACGCUGCACCGCGCCGUGCCAAGGCUCGCUCCCUCUACAGCGACUGGCACAAGUGAGGGGUGCAGACCCCACUGGCGGCCAUCCGGAUGUACAUAUAUACAUAGGACAUACACGUACAACCUCUAUAUUUAUAUACCUUAUGGACCAGGGGGAGGCGAGGCACAGUGACACAACACUGCCUGCUGCUCCCCGGUCCCCUCACAUCCCCGCCCCGGCAGGACGCUGCAAUGGUUACAGUGGGGAUAGGUCCUGCCGUGGGGCACCCCCCAUCGCCCGUUACCCUCAUCCUCCGCCUGCCCCACCGCUGCUUCUGUGCCAAGCCCUGGCUGUGCCGGGGCAGCCAGCGCCGGGGCUGGCACGGCCGCUCCGUGUGCCCGUCCGGUAAUAAACGUGCUAGGCUGCCCUGGG